ACGUGGUGACCCUGGACCUGGACACGGCUCACAGCAAGCUCGUCCUCUCAGCGGACCGGAGAAGGGUGCGCUGGCAUCAUACGUGGCAGUCCCUGCCCGAGAACCCCAAGAGAUUUACCUACUGGUGCUGCGUGCUGGGCUGGGAGGGGUUCAGAGAGGGGAGGCACUGCUGGGAGGUGGAGGUGCAAGGGGAGGUGGGAGGUGAUUCGUGGUGGGCCAUUGGGGUGGCCAGGGAUUCUGUGGAGAGGGAUCACACCACGAAAUUCAGCCCUGAAGGAGGGAUCUGGGCAGUGACGCACUGCAGAGGGCAGUUUGAGGCCCUCACCAACCCUUGUACCCCCCUGUCCCAGUCCCCACUCCCCAGGAAGAUCUGGGUCUGCCUGGACUGUGCGCGGGGGCUGGUGGCUUUCAUCAACGCCGACAACGGGGCCGGGAUCUUCACCUUCCCGCCGGCCUCGUUCAGCGGCGAGGUCAUCCGCCCCUGGUUUAGGCUGGUGACAGAGAAAACCCAGCUGAUCCUCACGGGCAGCACCCCCCAGACCCUCGGCACCCCUUCCCCCAGCUCGGUACCCCUGGCCGGCCCCUGCCCUCCUCCCCUCAGCCCCGCAGGAGCAGACAUCCACCUCCGCCCUGCCCCAGCGAGCGACGGGUGA